AUGGCUGCUGAGACUGAUUUUAUAUCCUCGGCAAAUCAGAGCGAGAAAGUGCGAAUCUUUCUUGAUAAAUGUAAUCUUAGUCAGUAUUUUAGUAUUUUUUCUGAACAAGGCUAUGAUGAUUUGGGCCAAAUCGUUCAAAUUACAAAAAACGUCGAGGAAAUCGAAAGUUUUUUGAAGGAUGUUGGCCUUGAUACAAAGCCAGGCCAUAAGCAAAGAUUUAUAGCCGCUGUACAAAUCGAAGCUUCCAAAACAGAUCACGGGCUUGGUAGUUCAAAAGAUGCUGGUGGAAAACAAGGCACCACAGAGAAGAAAGGCCGUGUUGAUCCUUCAAAAUGUAUGUAUAUAUAAAAUGUUAUUGAUCUAGCUACCCAAAUCCAAAAAUUGCUAUAUUUAUAUUAUUGAGUAAUACAUAUUUUUAGUUUUUAAUAUAACUCAGUUGAUAUUGUUAAUAUUAAAAGUUGUAUAUAUUUUCCCCUUCCAGUGAAUAUUCAAAUAGGCUUACUUAUUUUUAAUAGAACCAUUUGCAUCUUUUACACAGGGCCAAAGUUAGCAAAGGACUUGUGGAUUCCAAAUCAUUUAACUGACCAGCUGGAAUUUUUUAACCAAACAUUGGAAGAGCUGUACAAUUCAUCAUAUGAUUUAAUGGCUCCAAUUCAAUUUAAAGAGUAUAUAAUUUCACAGUGGACAGUUCGUUGGAAGAUAACAAAAGAUUGUGAGAAGCAAAGAAAAAGAGUAAUGAGUAUAAUAGACCCAGAUAGCAAGGAUGGGAAUGCCAUAAAUGUUGCUCGCUUUAGCAAUACUCUGUCUAACUUCAAACCAGGAGACAAGUCCAAAGCAGAAAGUUCUCAGAAACUAAUUGAAAAACUGGAAAGUGAAUGUCAAGUUAGGCUCAAGUAUGUGAUGGAACUCAGAUCAAAACUCUUUGACUCUGAUAACAAUGUGAAACUUUGGAAAGCAAACGAGCUUCAAUUUUUGGAUGCCAAGAAAAGUAGCUUGGAAAGCCUGCUAAAGAUUGUGCACAGUGCGCAUUCAAGCAUUAUAGGAAAUGUGAACUUGACAAUAGAAGUGAUCAGAAUGCUGAAGCAAAGAGGCAAAAAAUGCGAAGUGAACAGAACAAAAUGAAGUCAGAUAAAGAAAAACAGAAACGAUUCACCAUCAGGACCCAAGAAACUGUGAAAAUGUUAACAAAUUGCAAGUGUGAUUUUGCUGAACUGGAAAAGGAAAAGAAAAAUACCAGCUGAAAAAAUUGACAUAAACUGUGUUUUAACCUCCAGAUUCCAUUUGGAUACUGUGCAGUUCUUGAUGGAUAAUCAAUUUUUUGAGGAAGAUGCGAUAAAGAUUGUUAAUGAGUUUCUUGUUAAAAUGAAAAACAGGAAACAAGAUGUCAAAGAGAAGAAUGUGAAAGUGAAGGAAAGAAGAAAGGAAGAGGAAUGUCAGCAGCCAUUAUUUAACUUCUUUUCUUCACAAAAUAAAACAUCUCUGGCUGAAGAAGAUAAGUGUAACUAA